AUGGACGCCGCAGGGUACCCGCACAUGCAGGGGAGCGGGUCCGCCGCCUCCUCGUCCUGCCGCGCCGCCGACUAUUCCGCCGGUUGGGACUCCGCGCAGCAGCAGAAGCGCCAGCGCUGCCAGGGUUCUUCUAAUGAUCAAGUUGGAUCUAGCACAGAGAAUAAUUCUCUUGAAGCACCUGGAUUUGAGCUAAAAUUUGACUAUGGAAAAAAUGAGGAAGAAGAUUACUAUUUUGAAGAUGAAGAUGAUGGGUGUGUGGAGGCUACAGUACCAUGGUUGCAGAAAGUUGAAAGGGAUGGGCCUGGAAAAUUCAAGUCAAUGUCAGAAAUAGAGGAGGAAAUUGCAAAGAAGUAUAAUUUUUUCAAGCAGUUUGAUACCGUUGAGGAUUUCAUAGAUCAUAAAGAUGCUAAAAAUUCUGUCGGAAAUGCAAGGAAAGAAUGGGCAAAAAGAAUCCAGCACAAAUGGAGUCUCCUGGAGAAGGAUUUACCAGCAUUAAUAUAUGUUCGUGUCUCGGAAAAUCGAAUGGACCUUCUCAGGGCUGUAAUGAUUGGGCCUCAAGGAACUCCCUACCAUGAUGGCCUUUUCUUCUUUGAUGCUCACUUUCUCCCUUCUUAUCCUACUAUCCCCCCAGUUAGUAUUCAAUCUUUGUCCGUUUGGUGGUACAUUAUCAUGCAGGGUAAAUCUUGUGAGAAAUGGAACCCAGCACAAUCAGCAAUGCUUCAGGUGCUAAUCUCCAUUCAAGCUCUCGUAUUGAAUGAGAAGCCAUUCUACAAUGAGCUUGGAUAUGAACGCUAUGCCAAUAGUGCUGAGGGACUGGGGUAUGCCUUGGACUACAAUGAUACAGCAUUUCAGUACUCAUGCAGGACGAUGUUAUACUCACUUCGUAAACCUCCACAGCACUUUGAAGACCUUGUCGUGGGCCACUUAGGUGAACGUGGCCAUGCCAUUCUGGCUGCAUGCAAAUACUACAUGGAGGGCCAUGAAGUUGGAUCCAAAGUCCCGGAGGAGGACGUGGACACCAAAGGGUGUCAGAAUGGGGAAGGAUCCAGCUGUAGCACCACGGCAAAGCCGCAGCAAAAUAAGCCUGCAUUGCGCACCAAUCGCAAUGCAUCCUUCAAAACCAACCUGGAGGUUCUGUUUGAGGAGCUCUUGAUGGAGUUCAAUGUGAAGGGUGCCAACACUGCAAGAUUCCGUGCGGAGAAAUUGAAGAACCAGCUGGCGGCUGCUUGA